AUCAACGUCCUUCAGACAGGUUCGAGAGGUUCGGUCAAAAAAGCAGUCAUACCUUUAACAACUGGAAAGAACAGGAAGUGAUCUUCUUCAGCUAAAGCAGCGCUGCGACACAAUGGCAUCUCUUGUCCAUGACUCCUUACUGAAUGACCGCAACAGGAAUUGAUAGGUGGUCCUAGACUUUGCUGUAUGAGGCAACAUGCUUUGUCAUCCAGUCCACUAGAUGGCAACAUCCGCAUCAUGCGUUCCGCUGUUUACUGCCACGAGGGAACUCGACCAGUAAGUCAACCGCUUCCUUAUUACGCCUGCGAUAUAUUUUAAAAUAAAAUAAAAAAUUCUUUCAAAAGUAUUUUAGUCAGUCAGCAAACAUGUCCGGAAUUCCACCGGAUUCGUGGCAACCCCCUACAGUAUCUCUGGAGACGACUAUGGGAACUAUCGUGGUAGAACUAUACUGGAAUCACGCGCCAAAAACAUGCAAGAAUUUCGCAGAGUUGGGCAGGAGAGGAUAUUUCAACAACAACAAGUUUCAUCGCAUCAUCAAAGACUUCAUGGUUCAAGGGGGCGAUCCGACGGGAACAGGUCGUGGAGGUGCAUCUAUAUAUGGCAAGCAGUUUGAGGAUGAAUUGCAUCCGCAAUUGAAAUUCACUGGUGCUGGAAUUCUUGCAAUGGCCAAUGCAGGGCCAGAUACAAAUGGAAGCCAGUUCUUUCUCACACUGGCUCCAACACAGUGGCUGGAUGGCAAACACAGUAUAUUCGGUCGAGUCUGCCAAGGCAUCGGAGUUCUAAAUCGCAUUGGCAUGGUUGAAACCAAUAGCCAGGACCGUCCUAUGGAUGAUAUUAAGAUUCUCAGAGUGACUUUACCUAUCUGAGACAUUUUCUGCGUUAUUUUUGUACAGCCAUUUUAUUACAUUAAAAUUUAAGUUUUCAUA